AUGGACAAGUUGAGCCCAAGGGCCACCUGUAAACCGUUCAAUGAUAAGCAGCCCGCUCUUACCCAGCUCCAACAAAAGUCUAAUCUACCCCUUCCUGCCAUCAACUGCAUGGUCACUGCCCAGUCGUCCACGGUCAAGAAAGGGGACCCCGUCACCCAGCACCGCACAGCCGAGACCCCGUCACCCAGCCGACACCCCGUCACCCAGCUCCGCACAGCUAAGACCCCGUCACCCAGCACCACACAGCCGACACCCCGUCACCCAGCUCCGCACAGCCGAGACCCCGUCACCCAGCUCCGCACAGCCGAGACCCCGUCACCCAGCACCGCACAGCCGAGACCCCGUCACCCAGCCAACACCCCGUCACCCAGCACCGCACGGCCGAGACCCCGUCACCCAGCCAACACCCCGUCACCCAGCACCGCACAGCCGAGACCCCGUCACCCAGCUCUGCACAGCCGAGACCCCGUCACCCAGCUCCGCACAGCCGAGACCCCGUCACCCAGCUCCGCACAGCCGAGACCCCGUCACCCAGCUCCGCACAGCCGAGACCCCGUCACCCAGCACCACACAGCCGAGACCCCGUCACCCAGCCGACACCCCGUCACCCAGCACCGCACAGCCGAGACCCCGUCACCCAGCUCCGCACAGCCGAGACCCCGUCACCCAGCCGAGACCCCCAUCACCCAGCACCACACAGCCAAGACCCUGUCACCCAGCACCACACAGCUGAGACCCCCGUCACCCAGUUGACCCCCCCGUCACCCAGCACCGCACAGCCGAGACCCCUGUCACCCAGUUGACAUCCCCGUCACCCAGCACCGCACAGCCGAGAUCCCUGUCACCCAGUUGACACCCCGUCACCCAGUACCACACAGCCGAGACACGUCACCCAGUUGACACCCCCGUCACCCAGCACCGCACAGCCGAGACCCCGUCACCCAGCACCGCACAGCCGAGACCCCGUCACCCAGCCGACACCCCGUCACCCAGCACCGCACAGCCGA